AUGAAGGCCAUCAUUCUCGUCGGAGGAUUCGGUACCCGCCUGAGGCCUCUGACCCUCACCUACCCCAAGCCGCUCGUCGAAUUCGCCAACAAGCCCAUGAUCCAACAUCAGAUUGAGGCUCUUGCCGCUGCUGGCGUCACCGAUGUUGUCCUUGCUGUCAACUACCGCCCAGAAAUCAUGGCCGAAGCCCUGAAGACAUACGAGAAGCAGUACAACAUCAAAAUCACAUUCUCCGUCGAGACCGAGCCCCUUGGUACCGCUGGCCCUCUCAAGCUCGCUGAGGCCAUUCUUGGCAAGGACGAGUCGCCGUUCUUUGUGCUCAACGCCGACGUUACCUGCGAGUACCCCUUCGCGCAGCUCGCCGAGUUCCACAAGCAGCACGGUGACGAGGGCACGAUUGUUGUCACAAAGGUGGAGGAGCCGUCCAAGUACGGUGUUGUCGUACACAAGCCCAGCCACGCAUCGAGAAUCGACCGCUUCGUCGAGAAGCCUGUUGAGUUUGUCGGAAACCGUAUCAACGCCGGUAUCUACAUCCUCAACCCCAGCGUCCUGAAUCGCAUCGAGCUCCGCCCUACCUCGAUCGAGCAGGAGACCUUCCCUGCCAUCUGCAAGGACGGCGGUCUGCACUCGUUUGACCUCGAGGGCUUCUGGAUGGACGUGGGACAGCCCAAGGACUUCCUUUCUGGUACCUGCCUGUAUCUUUCUUCGCUGCAGCGCAAGAACUCCAAGCUCCUCACCUCUGUUUCGGAGCCAUACGUCUACGGUGGUAACGUCAUGAUCGACGAGUCUGCGAAGAUUGGCAAGAACUGCCGCAUUGGUCCCAACGUCACGAUUGGACCUAACGUUGUCAUUGGCGACGGUGUGCGUCUCCAGCGCUGUGUGCUGCUGAAGAACAGCCGCGUCAAGGACCAUGCCUGGGUCAAAUCGACUAUUGUUGGCUGGAACAGCACUGUCGGAAAGUGGGCACGUCUUGAAAACGUGACUGUUCUUGGUGACGAUGUUUCGAUUGGCGACGAGGUCUACGUCAACGGCGGUUCCGUCCUGCCCCACAAGUCCAUCAAGCAGAACGUCGACACUCCUUCGAUCAUCAUGUAA